AUGGCGGAGAGCUGGCUGCGCCUCCCGGGCGCGGGGCCGGCGGCGGGGCCGGAGGGCGGCCUGGAGGAGCCGGACGCCCUGGACGACAGCCUGACCAGCCUGCAGUGGCUGCAGGAGUUCUCCAUCCUCAGCGCCAAGGCGCCCGCGCUGCCCCCGGGGGGCGCCGACCCGCACGGCUACGGCCAGGUGCCGGGCUCCGCGGCGCCGGGGUCCCCGCUGGCGGCCGACCCCGCCUGCCUGGGGCCGCCGCACACGCCGGGCAAGCCCACGGCCUCCUGCACGUCCGGCGCCCCCGGGCUGCCGCCCCCCGACGCCGUGGACUACGCCACCAACCCCAGCGUGAAGCCGCCCUACUCGUACGCCACGCUCAUCUGCAUGGCCAUGCAGGCCAGCAAGGCCACCAAGAUCACGCUGUCCGCCAUCUACAAGUGGAUCACGGACAACUUCUGCUACUUCCGACACGCGGAUCCCACCUGGCAGAACUCCAUCCGCCACAACCUGUCCCUGAACAAGUGCUUCAUCAAGGUCCCGCGGGAGAAGGACGAGCCGGGCAAGGGCGGCUUCUGGCGCAUCGACCCGCAGUACGCCGAGCGCCUGCUGAGCGGCGCCUUCAAGAAGCGGCGGCUGCCCCCGGUGCACAUCCACCCCGCCUUCGCCCGCCAGGCCGAGCCGCCCGGCCCCGCGCCCUGGCCCGGGCCGCUGGCCGCCAGCACCGAGGCCCAGCAGCUGCUGCGGGAGUUUGAGGAGGCCACGGGGGAGGGCGGCUGGGGCGCGGGCGAGGGCAGGCCCGGGCACAAGCGCAAGCAGCCGCUGCCCAAGCGGGUGGCCAAGGCGCCCCGGCCCCCCAGCUCCCUGCUGCUGACCCCGGAGGAGCAGGGCGAGCUGGAGCCCCUCAAGGGCAACUUUGACUGGGAGGCCGUGUUCGACGCGGGCGCCCUGGGCGGGGAGCUGGGCGCGCUGGAGACCCUGGAGCUGAGCCCCCCGCUGAGCCCCGCCUCGCACGGCGGCGACGUGGACCUCACCGUCCACGGCCACCGCAUCGACUGCCCCGCCCCGUGGGGGCCCGCGGGGGAGCAGGCCGCCGACAGCCUGGACUUCGACGAGACCUUCCUGGCCACGUCCUUCCUGCAGCACCCCUGGGACGAGGGCGGCAGCGGCGGCCUGCCCCCCGAGCCCCUCUUUGAGGCCGGGGACGCCACCCUGGCCGCUGAGCUGCAGGACUGGGCCAGCGUGGGCGCCUUCUUGUAA